AUGUUCAGUUCCAUAUUGACCGCUAAUUCCAACUCGCAACAAAAAUAUAAAGCUCUCAGCUCGACCCAUGACAACUUUGACAGAAACACGCAUUACAAGAGGAGCCCCUUGUUCCUCAGAACAACAUUCCCCAUCGCAAUUAUACUCUGCAGUAUCGCACAUCUUAUCCUGAUAUGCCACGCUAUAACCCUCCUCAAAGCAUUCUCGUCGCAGCUGCCAAACACCGCACAAGACCCCACACACCAAGUGUCAAACUGCUCUUGUGGCGCGACUAUACAUGAAGCCAGGGCCCUUGAUUGUACCUUCGACGUGCUAUCUGUCUCUUGGCUACCACCUUCGUGUCGUGACGACGAGCUCACCGUGGAGUUUGCCGCGGGGGGACCUGGCCCCCAUGGCGCAUGGGACUAUUGGGCGCAUGAAAACGGCACGUGGUCGCUCACACUGGAUGAGGUAGCUGCGUUGGUAGAGAAACCCAAAAGCAUCGUGUAUACUUCGUGGGAAUUUCAUGUGCUGCAUUGCUCGUUCUACUGGCGUAAACAGUGGAGGGUGUCUAGGGGCGUGGGAGCAUUGUUUAUGGAGGCCCGGUACGCCCUGGAGAGCUAUGUGAAACAUUUUCAGAAUGUUUUUAUGAAGGACAGUUUGAGGAAGACGGAUAUAUCUCAAUCGGUGGUAAGGCUAGGGGUGCAUGUUGCACAAGGAACUUUUGAGUCUGAGUCUGAUGACAUCUGGGACAUUUCUGCAGCAGGGUGGCGAUCAAUUCAAUACACUCGCGCCUUCGGUUAA